GUUGAUUUAGUUGUAGCUUCCAGUGAGACUUCAGUCUGACACGCCCACACUCCACAGGUUCAGGACGAAGCUUGUUUCAAAUCUGCUGACAAAGGUUUGAGCUCCAGGAUUUUCAGAACAAAAUGAAGUUGCUUGCACUGCUCCUCUUCUGUAACACUGCGUCUUCAGUGAAAUACUCCCUGAAAUAUUUCCUCACUGCCACGUCUGGACUCCCAGACUUCCCGGAGUUUGUGGCUUCUGCUUCGGUUAAUGGAGUUCAGGUGGGUUACUGUGACAGCAACAUCAGGACAGCCGAACCCACACAGGACUGGAUGAAAAAACUAGUAAAAGACGACCCUCAGCACCUGGACUGGUAUUCUGAGAAGUGUUUCGGAAAUCAGCAGGUCUUCAGAGCCAACAUUGAUAGCUUGAAGCAACGCUUAAACCAGACUAGAGGUCCUUACAUCUUACAGAGGAUGAAUGGCUGUGAAUGGGACGAUGAGACUGAAGAAAUUAAAGGUUUUAAUCAGUACGGUUACAAUGGUGAGGACUUCAUAGCACUGGACCUGCAAACACUAACAUGGAUCGCUCCCAAACCACAGGCUGUCAUUACAAAACUGAAAUGGGAUGCUGAAAAAGCUCGAUUAGAGCACAACAAGAACUACUACAUCAACAGGUGCCCCGACUGGCUGAAGAAGUAUGUGAAAUAUGGGAGGAGCUUUCUGCAGAGAUCGGUUCUUCCCUCAGUUUCUCUCCUGCAGAGGAGUCCUUCAUCUGUAGUCAGCUGCCACGCUACAGGUUUCUAUCCUCACAGAGCCAAAAUGUUGUGGAGGAAAGAUGAAGAGGAGUUUCAUGAUGGUGUGGACAAAGGACAGAUCCUCCCCAACCAUGACGGGAGCUUCCAGACGAGUGUUCAGCUGAAUGUUUCAUCAGUUAAGCCAGGGGAUUGGAGCAGGUAUGACUGUGUGUUUCAGCUCGCCGGUGCAGAGACAGACAUCAUCACCAAACUGGACAAAAAAGUGAUCCACACCAACAGUGUUUCUCUCUCAGAGUUUCCUGUGGGUCCUGCUGUUGGAGCUGCUGUUGGAGUUUUACUCCUCCUGGCAGUCUUUGGAUUCUUUAUCUGGAAAAGAAACAGUCAAGGGUUCCAGCUUGCUGACAGUGAGGAAACAACAAAUUGAUCUUGUUUUUUCAUUUUGGGAAACCACACAGUGACGACAUUUAUCUGAACAGGUGAACAGUGACGGGCUCAGUUUAGAACAGCAAUGCAUCCAUGAAAUGCUUCAACAAAAUUACAGAGACUUUGUGUGUGUGUG